UCUGCAUUCAGUCCAGAUCUGGAGGCCGAGCCGCGAAGAGGUCCACCAAACCGCCAGUAGUGUGUGUGGACCCCAACUUCUGUAGUUCUAGGACUCUCUCGAACCGCGCGCGGUACAUGUGCGUGAAACCAAACUAGUAGGCUAUGAUGUAUUUGUUCAACAGGACUGGAUUGUCUUCGUCAAAAAUGCACUCUAGUAGAAACAGUUUGAAGUUUUCGCUUUUAGCGCUUAUGCUUUUGGGCGUUUGUGCUUUCGGUGCCAGUGAGCCCGCAAAGGCGGCUAAGUCCUCCGCCACCUCCACCUCAAGUGCAUCGCAACCGGCUAGGAUUAAAAAACAAUCAGAAGCGACAGCCAGAGACCAGUCGACGUCAGCGGCAUGGUGGAAGCAAGAGCUGGUGCCGUCGCAGUCAUUCUCCGACGCCGACCCGAACAGCUUCUUCUCGUCGUCGCACGGCCUCCUGCAGACGCAUCCGCCUCUCUAUUCGGGUGGAGGCGGUGGCGGAAGCGGCGGCGGUAGUCUAGGCGUCGGUUUUGGCCCAGACAUCACCGAGCCUCCGAGGUACACUCCAGCUUCGGUUCUGGACUUCGACACUCGAGGCUUGGAUGAGCUGCGCAGAAAUCCUCUCCUCUCCUCCCCAGAGGAGUGCGCGCGUGCCUGCAGGGAGGGUGACCCGCCAAAGACCUGCUAUUACCACUUCACCGCCGAACUUUACACUGUUCUAGGAGCGGCCUGUCAAGUGUGUACACCAAAUGCGACCAACACAGUGUGGAGUCACUGUCAGUGUGUGCUUGCUGAUGGUGUGGAGAGAGGUAUUUUGUCAGUCAACAGAAUGAUACCAGGACCCAGUAUACAGGUUUGCGAGGGAGACAAAGUGGUGAUUGACGUGCACAACAUGAUGGACGGUCUGGAGCUGACCAUUCAUUGGCACGGUCUGUGGCAGCGGGGUACUCAGUACAGUGACGGAGUGCCCAUGUUGACGCAGUGCCCCAUUCUCUUCGGCAACACCUUCAGGUACCAAUGGAUCGCUGGUAAUGCUGGUACACACUUCUGGCACGCGCAUACAGGUCUUCAGAAGAUCGACGGUAUCUACGGAAGCAUCGUGGUGCGUCAGCCUCCAUCAGCUGACCCCAACAGCCACCUCUACGACUAUGACCUGACCACCCACGUCAUGCUGCUCUCUGAUUGGCUGCACGAGGACGCCAUGGAGCGAUUCCCCGGACGACUUGCCGCCAACACUGGUCAGGACCCCGAGAAUUUGCUCAUCAACGGAAAGGGACAGUUCCAGGACCCCAACACCGGCUACAGAACAAACACACCCCUGGAGACCUUCACAAUCACCCCAGGCCGCCGCUACAGGUUCAGAGUAAUCAACUCGCUCGCAUCAGUCUGCCCUGCUCAACUCACCAUCCAAGGCCAUCCUCUCAUUCUCAUCGCCACUGACGGUGAACCCGUUCAUCCCGUUGUUGUCAACACUAUCAUCUCGUUCUCAGGUGAAAGAUACGACUUUGUGAUCAACGCCGAGCAGCCAGUAGGUGCUUACUGGAUCCAGGCGAGAGGUCUGGGAGAGUGCGGCAACAAGAGAGUACAACAGCUGGCAAUUCUGCGUUACGCUAGGGGACCUUACCAGCCAACCUCUCAGGCGCCAACUUACGAUGUCGGUCUACCACAGGGAGUUGUUUUGAACCCACUGGACGCCAUUUGCAACAAGCCACGAACAGACGCCGUUUGUGUGAACCAGCUGAAGAACGCGAAGCAGGUGGACGAGGGAAUCCUGCAGAAGAGACCCGACGUCAAGAUCUUCUUGCCAUUCAGGUUCCUCUUCUACCGUCCCGAAGAACUCUUCCAGGCUCAUCAGUACAACAGAUUUUUGGUGGCACCAGGCGGCGGCGACCACGUGAUCAGUUUGGUGGACGAGAUCUCGUUCACGUUCCCGCCUUCGCCACCCCUCAGCCAGGUGGAGAACAUCCCGCCAGAGCAAUUCUGCAACGGAGACAACAAGCCGGCCAACUGCGGCCGCAACUGCAUGUGCACACACAAGGUCGACAUUCCCCUCAACGCCGUCGUCGAGGUCGUGCUAGUCGAUGAAGUACAACAACCGAAUCUGAGCCAUCCGUUCCAUCUGCACGGCUACGCUUUCAACGUGAUUGGUAUGGGCCGAUCACCGGACACCAACGUCAAGAAGAUCAACCUGAAGCACGCACUCGACCUGGACAGGAGAGGUCUGCUCAACCGUCAGUUCAACCUGCCUCCCUCCAAGGACACCAUUGCCGUGCCCAACAACGGAUACGUCGUCUUCAGAUUUAGGGCUGACAAUCCAGGUUACUGGUUGUUCCAUUGCCAUUUCCUGUUCCACAUUGUGAUUGGAAUGAACCUGGUGCUACAUGUGGGCACCCAGGCAGAUCUGCCCCCCGUACCCCCCAACUUCCCGACCUGCGGAGACUUCUUACCGCCCAUCGACCUUCACUGACCUUCACUUCACCUUCAAAGUCAAUCAACGAACUAAUAUUCAUUCAAAAAUCAUCCAACAGCGAAUAAUAGUUUAGUUCGAUUGUCAUCUUUUCCGAAAAUUAGUUCGACUUUCUUCGCGUAUCAACUUUAAACUAACCGAGAUAAAUGUUUUUGUAUAAUAUAUGCGUUUUGGGAUUGAGACUUGACGGUGUAAAUGCGAUUGACAAGUUAAAUUGAGAGAACAGAUUGUGUCAGAAAUUUGAUAGUUUUGCUAAGCCACCACAGAUUUGAAAACGAAUUUGAGUAGGUUCUUGACCUUCAAGUAGACUUUAUCAAGAAGAAAUGAAAAAAAACUUGAAAAUUUUUAGAUACCGUAUUAAAAUACAUUAUUCUUAGAAAACGAUAAUGUUAAUACCGGUUUUUUACAAUGAAUCAAUAAUCUUACCUUUUUAUCAUAUCUAACAGUUGGAUAUAGAACUUGAAAAAUGAAUCAUUCAACAAGUAUAAAUGUUUAAUUUGAUAGAAUUAUCCAUUCAACUAGUACCAAAAAAUGAAAUACAUAUCAAGAUGGCAAGUAAUCCAGAAGAGAGUUACCAAAAAGCUGAUACACUAAGAUAAAAGUCUCCAUCCCACUCCACAUAUAUUCAAAGAAAUUAGAUUAUUAUUUAUUAGUUUGAGAGAAUUCUAUUUAGAUUUUGUGAAAUGACUUUGUUUCUUUGCAAUAGUCUAACAAGAAUCUUUACUUUCCAUAUUCCAAUCUUUGUUUUGGACAUUUACGUUGCUUCAAAUUUUAUAAAUGCAUGGUGAAAAAUUCUUCUAAUAACUGUUCUUUAUUAUGACGUGUAUAGCACUACAUCAGUGCAAGGAUUUAAAAUGAAUGAUACUAGGAAAUUAGUAUUAAGGUGAUAAUUGCCAUAAAAACGUGUGACCUCUAACAGCGCAGUAUCACAUAAUAUAAAAAUAAAUUUCAAAAAAAUUAAUUGAUGUAUAUAAACUAUUUAAUUAUGGUCGGAAAUCGCGGAUUAUGAUCAGUUUAAGGUUGAAGAAAAUGUUUACCAUACCGUAAAAUAUAAGGCCCGAGUUUUAAGAGGUUUAAAGCAUCACAAGUAUGAUUGAGAGAGGUUUGAAUGGAAGAUACUACUAUACUGCCUACAUAUCACAAAAAUAGCAAAAUUAUUGUAUUCAUAAUUUUUGGAGGAUGAUUAGAAAUUCAUCCAAACCAGUUUUAGUAUAUUAACACUAUCAAAUAACAAUAAAUGGUACAACAUGGACAGAUGAUAAGAAUAAAUUAGAAUAACCAAAGAUUUGCUUUUCGUUUUGGGAAACAUCAUUGAAGCAUUCAACACGUUUUUGAAGAUUAGUUUUCAUUCAUUCUAAUUUAUUUAUCCAGGGACAAUAGAGAGAAGGAAUGUAUUAGAAUUUUCUGGAUUUUUCAAUCAAGGAAAUAGCAAAACUUUGAUGAUAUUUGUAGAAUUAUAUCUUGACAAGAUUCAACUAGUAUAUAAAUAUAUAGAAGUAAACAAGAAUUAAUCUGAAUCAAAAAUAAGUCCCGAUGAUCAACAGUACUCCAUCAAAACCUGUUAUAAGUUUUUAAUUAUUGAUUUUACAAUUUUUUUAUCACAAGGUAGAAAGCAUAGCUUACUGACUAAAUUCUGUUACAUUCUCACACGUACAUAAUCAAUGUAACCAGUUUCAUUCCACAUCUAAUACAUAGUUGAACACAUAAGACAUUGUUAUCAACCACAACAUUAGUAGUACCAUAACAUUCCAUAUCAGGCAGAUCAAUAAAUAAUUGUUAUUUAAAUUUUCUUCAAUAAUGUAAGUCUUUAAAAUUAAUUUUAUAUUAUUAUUGAAAAAUUGGAAGUGAUGCAUGAAUGAUAAAAUCUGAGUGUAAGAUAAAAUUAAUGAUUGUUUGUAGAAGUGCAUUACUAUGUACUUGAGAAUGUUUGAUAAAUAUGUUGUGAAUUUUUGUAUAUAACUCGUUUUUUAUAUAUGACAUAAUUUGUAAAAAAAUGAAUGUAAUUUGUAAA